AUUAAUGAAUACCCAAUAUAAUAAUAAUAUGAACAUAAUUACAUGAAUCCAAUUCCAAAUUACUGAGUUCAUUUGUCAUCUAAAGCUUGGAAAAGGCCAGUCGGUCAUCACAAAGCUUACAUCUUUCUUUAUCUUUCUUCGUGUCUCGCAAAGAGUUUCCUUUCGCUUUUUUAGUUUUCAGAUCCCAUUGUUCCUUUCAGGAGAACUGUAUUGCUUUCCCCUUCUUCUUAAUCCCUAAGUGUGAAUUUGGUUGUUUGAGGUUGGAGGAAGGUUUACUAUUCUUUCUUAAGAUGCCUAAAGUGGAUAACACUGGUGAUUUUAUCUUCUGGUUUGCGGAAGACAUAUCAAUAAAGAUUCUCACCUAUUUAGAUGACUCAUCUGAUGUAGUCCGUGUUUCCUCUGUUUCAAAGCUCUGGCGGCAAUUUGUGAUUGAACAUGACAUCUGUAAACAGCUUUGCUUGAAGAAGUUUCCUGAAAUAUCUGGUGCUGCUCAUGAUGUUGAAGUAAACAACAUGAUAGAACCAGUAGAUGUUGGUCUUAGAAACAGUACCAAAUUCGAAUUGCUAAAGAGGAACCAUAAAAUAUUUUCUUUUUUAGCGAAAGCGCUUUCUUCUGCCAUUAGAAAUGAUUGCUUAUCGACUGCCAUUAGUGCAUCCAGCACUGACAAUUACCCCACUGAAAGCAUUGUGCAUACGUUACAACCAGGGGAUAGAAAUCAGAAUGCGGCUUCAUACUGGUCAAGCAGUGGGCAACGUGAACCUUCUGUUCCUGAGACACUGCUUUAUGAGUUGGUGACCAAGUUGUGUCUGGUCACUGAAAUCCAUGUUCAACCGUUCCAAGCAUAUUUUCAGUACCACUACCCAAUAUACUCAUGUAAAGCUGUCCGAUUUAGAAUGGGCCAUCUCAGAAAUCUUGGUGAUUCGGACACUGACUUUUCAGAUAAUGAAUCUGAGGAUCACGCAUUGCUAGACGAUAGAUUUGUAUGGACAUACAUCUCACGUGAAUUCCCAAUGGUUCAGGAAAGUUUUCUGCAAAAGUUUGAGCUCCCGGAACCUGCUCUCUGUAUUGGAGGAUAUUUGCUAGUUGAGCUUUUGGGCAGGGUCCAAAAACAAGAAAUAGACAACUUGUAUUAUAUCUGUAUCGCUCAUGUCCAAGUCGUGGGGAGACCACUCUUGCCUACUUUUGAUGUCGAAAUGCAUGAACCAUCGGGAAAAUGCUCAUUGAAGCAUUAUUCAGAAACGGAAGAUUUGACUGACAACUUUGGAAGUAUUUCAACACCAACCCAGCAAGGCCAGCCUCGGCUCUGAAAUUGUGUGCACCCGAUGUUGCAGAUAUUAUCCUAUACUCGAGCAAAGUUACAGAAAUUGAGGUUUUUUGAGUGCAACGAAAGCUAUUUAUCUAUAUUAUGGUAGACAUGAACUAAUGAUUUUUCUUAUAAUAAUUUCUAUGAAUUGCAGAUGGCACAGUUUAGGGGCCAAAUUCCAAUUAAUCUAUGACCAUUGUGCCUAA